GUGACAGUCGGGCAGGUCGCCGCCACGAUCAACGUUGAGGUGCCUGACCAGGCCAUCCGGCUGCUGCCCCCAACAGCCUUCACUGGCAAGUGCUCCAGUGAUAAUGGAGGCAUCGUCACCUUGGACACAGUUACUGGUCAGGGAACCUACGAGGGCUUCCCGUUCUUCGACAUGGACCUGACCACUGGGUCUGUGCGGCUUGCCCCAUCGCAAGAGCUCGCUAGCCUGAUGCCUACAGAUGCAGGAGCUCGGGCGGCACUGACCCUUUCUUGCACGAUCUACGGCCUCUACCAGUUCCCACCCUUCGGGGAUGGGCCCGUGCUGCAGGAAGUAAUCUACUUGGGAGCAACGGACGACACAUGUUUCGUUCCCAAGACGGGAAACUAUUACUUUCUCGAGCUGCACUCACUGCUGUUUACAAGUGACUCGGCUUUCCAGCAGCAGUUCGAGGUAUGUCUAGGGCGCGACUUUGGCGAUCACUCGAUGUUUUGGUCCAAGAUGUGCGCCGUGCUGCAGCAAGAACCGGGGAACUCCGGGCACCGACCGUGUGAUCCCUUCUCGCGCUCGGAAAAGAACAACUUGUUAUGCAUGAAGGAGCGUUUGUCUUGCACAGCAUGCGCUGCAGUAACCAACUGGCCUGAUCCGAAGCUUGUCGCGGCUGAGGCGAGUGGAAACGUCUUCGCUCGAGUUCUUGGCUGUGCGGAGCGGGCUACAUGCAUCCAGCUGAGCCUGUCCAAACACUUCUUGUCCGGGCGCUACUGCUACUACGGUGAGAACAACUACCGGG